UGAUGCCCUUCUCGUUCAUGGCGAGAGUACUCGGACAUCAUGGCGACGUUCGCUAAAUUCAAUGACCAACUGAAAGAUAUAACGGAGGGUUGGUCGAAGUGGCAGAUCGCUGCUUGUGUAGGAGCACCGAUUGCACUGGGCCUUGCUGGCUUAUGGUAUUACAAUCGGAGCAAGUCUUCAAACAAGGCGUCGCUUGAUCUAUCAGGCGGCGACCUCACAACAAAAGGGGAUCAUGCCGAAUCGAAGACAAAAUCCAAGAAUGCACAGAAAGUGAAACCACCCCAGGCACAGGGUCGCCAAGAGCUGGCUCAACUGGCUAAAACCAAGGGCAACAAAUGUUUCAAGGAAGGCAAGUAUGAGGAGGCCAUUGCCUGCUACACAGAGGCCAUCAAGACCUGCCCACCGGACAUCAAGGCGGACAUGUCUACAUUCUACCAGAACCGAGCGGCAGCCUUCGAGAACUUGAAAAAAUUUCCAGAGGUUGUUGAAGACUGUGAUUCUGCGCUUGAGCUCAACCCCAGAUAUUCCAAAGCCUUAGCUCGCAGGUCCAAGGCGAGAGAGCAGCUUCAGAAGUACAGAGAGUCCUUGGAAGAUAUCACCAAAGCUUGUUUGAUCGAAGGCUUCCAGAACCAGACCUACCUCCAGGCGGCCGACCGCGUGCUCAAGACGCUGGGCAAGUCGAAAGCUGCCACCGAGUACAAGGUGAAAAAACCAACCAACCCCUCGACAUUCUAUGUAGAGAACUACCUGGCAGGCUUCGUCAACGACCCCGUGGCCUUGGGUUUUCCCGUCGUGGAUCAGGACAACCUGAAGGAGAUGGGGAUCACGGUCAAGGAGAACAUCGGGGAGAACGGCGCUGUGCUGCUGGAGAAACCUGGAGCGUUUGAACGAGCCAAGGCGUGCCUGUCCAGCAAGGAGUACGACCAGGUUGUGUCGCUGUGCGACGAGGAGCUGUCGGACGAGAGUAGCUCCUCCUAUGUGUCGCAGGCGCUGCUGCUCCGCGGCACCAUGAGGCUCCUGCAGGGCAUGGGGGACGCCGCCUUCGCCGACCUUGACAGGCUCGGGGGGAUGGAGGGUGUCUCUCCGUCUCUACAAGCCUCUGCACUCAUCCGAGCCGGCUCCCUACAGAUGCAGAAAGACGCGAGCGAGAAUGCGUUGUCGUAUUUUGAAAAGGCAGAGUCUGUGGACCCCAAGAACUCUGAUGUCUUCCAUCACUUUGGCCAGCAAUUGCUGCAGCUGGAAAAGUUGGACGAGGCCAUCAAAAAGUUUGACACGAGCAUCGAGCUCUCCCCAGAUUUCCCCACCUCCUACGUCCAGAAGUAUUAUGCAGUUCACCGUAAGGCCAUCGUGACAGAGGACCUGUCUCUGCUGACCAAGGCCAAGACCGGCUUUGAAGAGACCAUCCAGAAGUUCCCGCAGUGUAGUGAUGCCCUCAUCUUGUAUGCCCAGGCACUCAGUGACCAAGGCAACUUUGCAGACGCUGAGAAAUUCUUCAAGAAGGCACAGGAAGUCCAGCCACGCAAUGCCAACAAUGUUGUUCACAGGGGUCUGAUGACCCUCCAGUGGAAGGGGGACGUUGACCAGACCCUCAAGCUGCUGGAAGAGGCCUUGAGAAUUGACCCUACCUGCCAGUACGCCUUUGAGAUCCGGGGGACCAUCGAGGUGCAGAGAGGCAACUUGUCGGAGGCGGUGAAGAGCUUCAAGCAGGCCAUAGCUCUGUCCAACUCUGAGAGUGAAAUGGCCCAUCUGUUCUCCCUCAUGGAGGCUGCUGAAGUGCAGGUGAAGGUAGCCCGGGACCUCAACAUCCAGCUGCCAUCCAACAUGAUGUGAAAUGGAAAUGUGGAGAGCGGGACUCUGGUCUCACACUGCCGGGAGUCGGACCACGGAUGGUUUGGGAUGGGUGGGGGGGGGGAGGUAUCAAUGUCAUGAAACUUCAGCCGCGGUGGCGGGUUCUUUGCUCACAGGGUCUUAUCGCCUGCCCGGGCUGUGUGGCUGUUGAACCUUGUGUGUCUCGUGUGCAUGCAUGUGUGUGUGUGUGUGAGAGAGAGUGUUUAAA